CAGAUCAAUCUUUUACACCUGCUACUGCUGCAAACGGCUGUCUUACUAAAUGCGGGAGUAUUGACGUCUUCUUUCCAUUUGGGCUGGAGAAAGGUUGUUAUAGGGACGACUCAUUUGCUCUGACAUGCAAUACUACAUCCAAUCCUCCCACCCUCCUUUUAGAUUACCUUUACAUAGUGAAUAAUAUAUCGUUGGGGGAAGGCCAAUUGGAACUCGAGGAAAAAGGCAGUUUCAGCUACAUUGGCAAUAGCACCAGACCUUUCGUCUUUUUUAAAGGUCAGACUAUCGUUAGUUGGGUGAUCGAGUUCCAGCUUUGCGAGGAUGCUAAGAAGAACACGACCACCUUCGCAUGUGUCGACGCUCACAGCUCAUGUAUCGACACAACAAUUACUAACGACGAUGGCAAGUUUGUGGGAUACCGUUGCAAAUGCUGGCAAGGUUACCAAGGAAAUCCUUACAUGCCUAAUGGAUGCACAGAUAUCAAUGAGUGCAACUCAACCGAGAAACGUCUUUGUUAUGGGAUUUGCACUAAUACGGAUGGCGGAUAUACUUGUACUUGUGCACCGGGCACAUAUGGUGAUCCUAAACUUGCACCCUGCAUUCCCAACAACAAAAAGCAGACUCUUCUGUUAGGUGUCAUCAUUGGUGUAAGCAACGGCAUAGGCCUAUUACUCUUAUGUUCGAGUCUCCUCAUUUUGAGAAGGAAAUGGAAAAAAAGAAAACAAAAGAAAACUAGAGAAAAAUACUUCCAUCAGAACCAUGGUUUACUGCUACAACAAUUAAUCUCGUCUACUGAAGAUAUUAGUGAGAGAACAAAGAUAUUUUCUCUGGAAGAGAUGGAGAAGGCAACUAAUAAUUUUGAUGAGACUCGAGUGCUCGGCCGCGGCGGACAUGGAACGGUUUACAAAGGAAUUUUGUCGGAUCAGCGUGUGGUCGCCAUCAAAAAAUCUAAAAAUGUGAAACAAAGUGAGAUAGACCAGUUCAUCAAUGAGGUUGCAGUUCUUUCUCAGAUUAAUCACAGGAAUAUUGUUAAGCUUUUCGGGUGUUGCUUGGAAACUGAAGUUCCCUUGUUGAUUUAUGAGUUUAUCUCGAAUGGGACUCUUUUAGAUCAUCUCCAUAUUCCAGAAGGUAACUCUAUAUUAUCAUGGGAUGAUCGCCUGAGGAUUGCUGUUGAGGCUGCCGGAGCGCUCGCUUAUUUACACUCGGCUGCUUCAAUUUCGAUAUUUCACAGAGAUGUCAAAUCAUCAAAUGUUCUCUUAGAUGAUCAUUUAACGGCUAAAAUAUCAGAUUUUGGAUCUUCAAGACUUAUUCCACUCGACCAAACUCAUUUACUUACUGUUGUACAAGGCACCUUUGGAUAUCUUGACCCGGAGUACUAUCAGACCAGUCAGUUGACAGAGAAGAGCGAUGUUUAUAGCUUCGGAGUCAUUCUUCUAGAGCUUUUGACAGGUAAAAAGCCAAUUUUCUCCACCGAAUAUGAAGGCAGACUGAAUCUAUCGAUGCAUUUUCUUCAAACGGUGAGAGCGAAUCGCCCGUUUGAUCUUAUAGAUGAUCUUGUUAUGAAAGAAGCGACCGAAGAAGAGCUCAUCGACAUGAUUGGAUUGGUAGAAAUGUGUUUAAGAUUGAAAGGGGUUAAACGGCCUACGAUGAAAGAGGUGGAGUAUAAAUUACAGAACUUGAGAAGGAUCAGACUGAAAAAAACAGGACAUUGUUUGGUUAAAGGUGACGAAGAAACAGAGCAUCCGCCGAGAGACUCACCUUAUGGCUUCUCUGAAGUCGUCGACCAAGCAAAUCAAGGUACAUCCAGGAAUUAUAGCUUAGAGAAAGAAUUUAUGUGGUCGCAUCAUUACCCACGGUGAGUUUGUAUUCGACGUCCAAAUCUUUAUUGGCUGCUUGAAUGAUACUGAAUAAGCUUCCUUCUGCUUGAGGAUCGUAUGUAAUGGUUAUAUGGGUAAUGUUAUGUUUCAAACAUGUUGCUAAAACAGUUUCUGACUCUACUUAUAUUGUAAUGUUCAGAGAACUACCCUUUUAUAUGAUCAAAUCACGUGUAUACAACACGUUUCUUCU